UGCCCCUGCACCUGAUGGCUCUGCUGGGCUUCUGGUAGCCCCUGUGCAAAAGCUACUUCCCCUACCUGAUGGCCAUGCUGGCUGACAAUGCCAACCGCAAGAUGGAGAGCAAGAAACGGGAGCUCUUCGGCCAGAUAAAGGAGCUGAUGAGAACCUCUGGGAAGGUGGCCCUGCUGGACCUGGGCUGCGGCACUGGUGCCAACUUCCAGUUCUAUCCUCCUGGCUGCAGGGUCACCUGCCUGGACCCAAACCCCCACUUUGAGAAGUUCCUGACAAAGAGCAUGGCUGAGAACAGGCACCUCCGAUAUGAGCGGUUUGUGGUGGCUCCUGGCGAGGACAUGAAACAAGUGGCUGAUGGCUCCAUGGACGUGGUGGUCUGCACUCUGGUGCUGUGCUCUGUGCAGAGCCCAAAGAGGGUCCUGCAGGAAGUCCAGAGAGUGCUGAGGCCGGGAGGAGUGCUGUUCUUCUGGGAGCAUGUGGCUUAUCCUCGAGGAAGCUGGGCCUUCAUGUGGCAGCAGGUUUUUGAGCCCACCUGGAAACACAUUGGGGACGGCUGCUGCCUCACCAGAGAGACCUGGAAGGACCUGGAGGACGCCCAGUUCUCUGAGAUCCAAAUGGAACGACAGCCCCCUCCCCUCAAAUGGUUACCUGUUGGGCCCCACAUCAUGGGGAAGGCUGUGAAAUAAGCUUCCCCAGGUGGUCAUCUGCUCCCCUACCCCAUCCCCAGUCAGAACAAGCCGUCCACAGCCAAAUCUGUCUUCUGCUGAGAGGGAUCUGGUCAAGAAUGAGAGCAGCCGCUCCCACCACCGUCCUCCCCUAGCUCCUCUCUCCCGCCUCUGCCCUAGGGGAACCUCUAGCUCCAAGAAAAGA